UUGAUAAGAGCGAGAAGUUGUAUUAGCCAUUUGAUCAAAAUGGACAGUUCGAGACAAACAGACAAACAUGGAAGAAAAAAGUUAAUCAAGCACUUAGUGCUCGAUACAGGAGCUAUCAUCGCUAACGUGAACCUCCAUCAUCUUGCUGAUAACUAUUAUGCUCCACCUGAUAUAAUCAAAGAGUUGAAAUGGAAGAAGUCGAAGAUUGCUUUGGAAUUGUUACCAUUCGAGAUCAAAUUCAGAGAGCCAUCACCCAAAUCACUUAAAGCUGUAAUCGAUGCUGCUAAGCAAACUGGAGACUUCAAAUCAUUGUCAGGCCCUGAUAUGAAGGUCUUGGCUCUGACUUUUGAGUUAAUGAACGAGUUCAGCAAUAAAGUUGUAGCAGAGGUUUCCGAGACAGAUUUGGCAGAAGUCACCAAAGCACUCGAAGAAAAAGUAAAGUUGGAAGAAGCCAAUGCCGCAGCAGCAGAAGAAAAGGAUAAAGAAGAGGGUGAAGAAGGUUCUGAAGAUGAGCGUAAUAAGCUGCCCGAAGGAUUUUGUGAAGACGGAGAUAGUGACGACGACGAAGGCUGGAUAAACGAAGAUAAUCUUGCGGGUGCUCUGAAGAAAUUAGGAGCUUUUGAGGUUUCCGAGGAAUUAGUUGUCGGAUGUUUAUCAACUGAUUUCGCUCUACAAAACGUUUUGUUGUUUAUGCAUCUCGGUCUUGUUUCUUUAGAAGGAUUAAGGAUAAGAAAACUUAGAUCUUUCCUCCUCAGAUGUCGAGCAUGCUAUAACACCACUACUAAUAUGGAAAAAGAGUUUUGUCCUUCCUGUGGAAACAAAUCCUUAUAUAAAUGCCCAGUUUCUGUAGAUGAAAAUGGGGAGCAAAUUCUUCAUCUCAACUACAGAAGGUUAGCGAACAAGCGUGGUCUUAAGUACGCCUUAGCUGCACCAAAGGGUGGAAAGCAUUCCACUGACGAAAAACUGUUCGAAGAUCAACGCAUACCUCAAAACCGAAUGGCCAAAGUACACCUCGAUCCCCUAGCAGAUGGACCUUUCUCCAUGCACGAUACAACUUCGAGAUCUGCACUUCUUGGAAUAAGAUCGAUAGGCAAACAAAGAAAAAACCCAAAUGUAUCCAAGGGUAAUCGCAGGAAGUAA